AUGUCAUCUGAUAACGGAGCUUGGCCUAUGGCCGAUGAAGUCCUGGCCCAGGAACUUCUCGACAUCUUGCAGCAGGGUACACACUACCGCCAAGUCAAGAAGGGAGCCAACGAAGCCACCAAGUCUGUGAACCGCGGUGUGUCUGAGCUUAUCAUCAUGGCUGGUGAUACUUCCCCCCUCGCAAUCGUGAUGCACCUCCCCCUCCUUUGCGAGGACAAGAACGUUCCCUAUGUUUUCGUCCCGAGUAAGAUGGCACUCGGACGCGCAUGUGGUGUCGGCCGGCCUAUUAUUGCUGCCAGCAUCAACACCAACGAUGCUAGUGAACUGGCUGCCCAAAUCCGCCAAAUCAAGAUGAAGGUGGAGAGACUUGCUAUUUAA